UGUGGGGAAUGUGGGAAGAGCUUCAAGGACAGCUUCAACCUGAGCCAACACCAGAUGAUCCACACUGGGGAACAGCCCUACACUUGUGGGGAAUGUGGGAAGGGCUUCAGGAAGAGCUCCCACCUGAUCCAACACCAGCACAUCCACACUGGGGAACGGCCCUACAUGUGUGGGGAAUGUGGGAAGAGCUUCAACUGCAGCUCCAACCUCCGCAAACACCAGCACAUCCACACUGGGGAACGGCCCUACAAGUGUGGGGAAUGUGGGAAGAGGUUUCAGACCAGCUCAGAUCUCCUCAGGCAUGAGCGGACGCACACGGAUGAGAGGCCCUUCCGCUGCACCGACUGCGGGAAAGGUUUCAACCAGAACUCCAUUCUCAUCAGGCACCGGCGCAUCCACACCGGGGAGAGGCCCUACAAGUGUGGGGAGUGUGGGAAGAGCUUCACACGGAGCUCUAACUUGACCAAACACCAAAGGACCCACCAGUAAGGGAAGCCCUACCAGUGCCCUGACUGUGGGAAGAGCUUUGGCCGUAGGACUGACACGCAAAAAAGGUUUCAAAAGGUCUUCAGGAUUUUGAGUAUCUGCACUCCAACAUCAGUUUAUUCUUUUGAAUAUGUGUAAGUUUAACCUCAUUUUAGUCUGAAAGCCAAAUUCACCACUACCCCGUUCCCUGAUAACCGUGGGCUGAUUCUGACAAGUGAGGCAGAAAUUACCCACUGCCCAACAAAAACCAGUGGGGCCAGCCAGUGGUCUCUGCCCUGGCAGCCCAGUUUCCCCAGUCUCAUCUCAAAAUGACCAGUUACACUGAAGCAAGGAGCACUGGAACCAGUGCAACAAGCCCCAGUCUGACUUUCACACCUGCCCACGUGUCCUGUUUUCUGCUGCUCUACAGACUUCCUUCUUUAAAAUACAAUGGAAAAAUGAACAGUUUUUGGGGUUGUUUUGUUUUUGGGCUUGGGUGGUUUUUUUCC